AUGGCAAGGAGAAAUAUUUUUCUUUUUAGGUAUUUUCCCACUAUGAAGAUAGACACCAAACUGAACGGAGAUGUGGACGAUAUGUAUUGUGUCCACGGGCAUGCUCUUAAUCUCUGUAGAACACCAAUUAUAGAAUGUCUGAGAAAGAUACUGCCUUCACAAUCAACGCACAAGACCGAUCAACCAGUGCAGAUAGCAGAUUUCGGGACAGCUGAUGGCCGAGCUUCUCUGUCUCUCAUCAAUGAAAUGAUCGAUAUCAUACAGACAGAUCUUGGAAAGGAUCAGGCCAUUGCUAUAUACUACAAUGAUCAACCUAGAAAUGACUUCAAUCUUCUGAGUAGUGUUGUCGAAGGUGAGGAAAAGAGUUCCGGACUAACAAUAUCCGAGAAUGUCUUUCCGCUGUUUAUACCUCGAACCAUGUAUGUACAGUGUCUUCCAAAUGAAUCUCUGGACCUAUCGAUUUCCGGAGUAGCCUCACAUUAUCUAUCCGUAAAUGUUUGCCAAAUAAAGAACGGUGUAUUCAUGGGUGAGGGAGAUGACAAUGAAAAGCGUUUGAUGAAAGAAAAAGGCAAAGCCGAUUGGAGGAGUUUUGUCAUUUCAAGAGGACGUGAACUUAAACCAGGUGGUUUUCUGAUAACUUUGAACGCAUCAUCAGAUGAAGAGGAUGACGUUACGUCACAGAUAGAUAAGGGGAUGCAUUACUUGGGAAGCUUCAUCACUGACAUGGCAAGAGAGGGGAUUAUCACACAGGAAGAAUAUCUUGCAAUCAACUUCAAUGGUCACUACCUGAGGAAGGCGGAGGAUUUUAAAGAACCGUUCAGCAGCGCAUUACCAGAAGUACAAGGUCUUGGAUUGGAAUUGAUAUCGAUGAAAUCGAUGAAACAUCAUUUGGAUCACACAUCAUUUGGUAUUGUUGACAAAGAUGAGACAGAAAAAUUGGAGUAUUCCCGCCGAAUUGUCGCGUCUGUCAGGUCAUGGAUGGCCCACGUGAUACUUGGCGGAUUGUCCACUUCCCGAACGGAGGAAGAAAAAAUGGUCAUCCUUGAUGGAUACUUCGACAGAGUAAAGUCAUAUGCAUACGAUCAUUCUCAUCACAGACCUUACAUAAUAGUGACAGAGGUUGUCAUUCAGAAAAAGAAUGUCGCACACGGGGAAAUUUAA